CAGACGCACUUCCCGAACGAUUCCUCUGUGGCUUCCAACAAUUGAAGACAUCAACCAACCAACCAACCAACCUCUCGCGUUUAGCUAGCCAUUUACAGCAGGGCGAUUUCCACCUGCCUUACAUCACUCCUCGUCCCAAACCAAACAACAAACAAACAAUUGUCCCCAGAAAAUAAAUCAUCCUCCACCAUGUCUCGGGCAGGAACCUGGAUGAAGAUGCUCGGCGUCGGCAUCGUCAUCUGUGUCGGCGGUCCGGCUUUCGUCCAAUACAUCCGUCCUACCGACGAAGAAUUGUUCAAGCGUUAUAACCCGGAUCUUCAGAAGCGGAGUUUGGAGGAAGGUGAUCGCCGGGCUCGGGAAUUCGAUGAAUAUGUUACCCGGUUGAAGCAAUGGUCUAAGUCUGAUAAGUCGAUCUGGUAUGCGGCGCAGGAACAACAGGAACAGAAGCGCGUGGAGGCUGAGGUACAACGGAACCAGGCUAGGGAUGAUGCGAAGGUACAACGUGAGGAGAUGAGGAAGGAAUUGCUGGGUGAGAAAUAGGAUGUAUAUCUCCAGUGGAGUGAAAUUGCUGUGACUAGCUCAUUUCUCUAUGCUGGAGAUGUAGCUGGAUCGGACAUGAUGCCAGGAAGGACUGUUGACUCCUGCAUCGUCCUUGUAUUUAUACCCAUUGCGUCUACCUGAGACCUGUCCAAAAAGCAUUGUGGGGGAAGCAUUUGGCUCAGAGUUUGUGGAGUUUCGGAGGCUACGG